AGCAGCUCUGGUGACUACGACAUUACAAGCACCGGCACGAAUGAUCAGGGCAACCACUACUGCCACCGUGAUUUUGACGAUGGGUCGAGUGGCUAUCACUACUCCAACAACGACGGGAGUUACUACUACAGCAACCCGAAUGGUUCGAGCUACUAUAACAGCGGGGAUGGAUACUCGCAGUACACGUCCCCGGGUGGCCAGACCUACAGCAACAGCAAC